AUGAAAAUCCUGAUUUUUGGAUCCAGUGGCGACCUGGCCAUGAGAAAGCUCUUUCCUGCACUCUCCAGGAUAGAUUUGGACAGCGUUGAGAUCAUAGGCUAUGCAAGGACGAAGUACGACACUGAGUUCUCCGAUGUUCUGCAGGAGGUUGGAAACUACACCCCCGAGUUCAUUUCGAAGGUCACAUACAUCCGGGGCACAUACAGCAACCUUUCAAAGCUCAGGGGCAUUGUCGACUCAGAGACAAUCGUAUACUUUUCUGUGCCUCCGUCUGUGUACACGGUUCUUCUUGCAGAGAUAUCGAAGCUAGAGUACAAGAUGGUUGCUGUGGAGAAGCCAUAUGGAGAAGACAUCCGAUGCUUCCAGAUGAUGAAGGAAUUUGACCUUAGCAGGACUGUGUUUAUUGACCACUAUCUACUCAAGCCAAUGGUGGUGGCAGCUCCGAGGAUCAUUUGUGAAUAUGGUAUUCGAAAGGUCUUGGACAACAAACAUGUGAAAAGCGUCGAGAUAGUGUCGAAGGAGGCGAUUGGAGGAGAAGGACGGCACUACUUCGACAAGAACGGGAUCAUAAAGGAUAUAAUGCUGAAUCACAUGGCAGAGCUUCUUGCAAUAGUUGCUUCAGAUAAUGAAUGCACUCAGAGCGGAGCAUCAAGAGCAACGGAGAUGUCUGCAAGGAUGGAUGUGUUUGCAGCGUGCACAAUCAAUACCGAAAAGUGUGUUUAUGGGCAAUAUGAAGAUUACAACAAAGAACUACACAACGAAUCAACAACCGAGACAUUCUGCAUGCUGCCUAUAUACAUCAACAAGCCAAGAUGGUCUGGCGUUCCGUUCAUCAUGAUUGCAGGAAAGGGAAUGAAUGAGAAGAGAACAGAGGUUUCCUUUGAGUUCAAGAAAGAUGCAUACCAGAAAUGCAUGGGGCUUGCCUCUUCAUUUGAGCAGUCUACAUACAAAACAAUCCAUGUCAAUCAAAUAUCGCAGAUCAAGUUAGUUUUCAAUGUGUAUCCUAGAUGCGAGGUGUUCCUCAGAGUUGAUGUUGGAGAAAAUGUGUAUGAGUAUGUUAUUUGCAACAAAAAGUCGGUUGAGGAGAUUAUGCAACAGAACUACGGCGCAUACAACGAUCACGAAAUAGUUUUUGACUGUCUAGUAAGAAGCAGGGAGUUUAGCAACGUCAGUUCAAAUGAAGCAGAGCUUCUGUGGAAACUUUUUGAUUCUGUGCUUUCAAUGCCCAAAGGAUCGAUGCUGUUUUACUACUCGAAGGGAAUUGACAUUCCUAUAGAAGCUGAGGAGAUGAUCAAGAAGAUUAAAAGGGAAUAA